ACGGCGAAGCGAACCAUCGCAUCUUCCAUUCAAUGGAAUCGGACGUGACCAAAGUCGCGGUGUUCAGUACGCCAUUCUUUUAACACUUUUAGACAGGAAAGUUUCUAUGAAGUUUCUGAACGUUGUCGUAAAUGUCAAAGUGCCGUCAUAUAUACAUUCAUCUUCAUCUCCAAAUGUUCUCAAAAUUUCACAAAAAAUAGUUUUUAUUUUUCACGCAUUAAUAACACAAAUGAAAAUAGUAGCUAUACAGUUAUAGAAUAUCAAUCAAAUGUGCAGCUAUGACGCAGCCGAACCAAGUAAACGUAGACAUUGAAAAUGUUCCUCCAUCCGAGGUUUCGCCUCGGAAUAAUGUUUUGGUCAGAUUGGAUUCAAUUUCUAGGCCUUCGCCAACAAACAGGAAUAAUGUGGGGCUCGGGGACCGCCUUAGCAGUGUCUUCAGGGAGAUUAGACCACUCGUUGAGCAUGCGAGAAUGGGUAAUAAUGCAAGGCUAUCUCUUCCAACAUGGCUUCCUCGGAACCCACCUGGCACACAUCAAGCAACAGAAGUUCAAAGACCACAGAGUUCUAUAGCACAUGUGAACUUGGGCCCUAAUGCCCAGACUUACAUAGUGAACGAGAGGGUUGUGCUGGGGUCUCUACCAUUAUCCCCAACACAUGGAAUGAGUAAUGUGGCCAUUGGGGACCCUGAGGCUCCUGAGCCUGCUACAGACCACCAGGACAUCAAUGUGUCAGUCAACCCGUCUAACAAUAACAAUAUACAUGAUAAUGUGGAUAAUGAUAGCCAAAGUGAAGAUGGCACACAACAGGUAGUAGAUGUGCGUGGAACACUGAACUUACUGAUCCGCUAUGCACCAUUCUACUUUAUUCUGUUCAUCAAGUUCUUGUAUGACGCGCGCGCGGGGCUCUUUGCCUUCUUCCUGCUCUUCUUCACAUUCUCACACGGAAAUGCUGCUGUUAAGAGAGAGCACGCCGCACAACUGAACCGCAGCAUAGUGGGUCUCGGCUUCGUGCUGGCGUGGACGGCCGGCUUCGUGGCCGUCGUGCACUACGUGUUCGGCGAGGGCAAGCUGCUGCCCAACGUGGUCAUGUUCCCCGCCUACGCCGGGCCCAUCGACGUGUGGGAGUUGCUGUGGCUGGUGGUGCUGACCGACCUCAUCGUCAAGAUCAUCACGGUAGAUGUGAAGAUAUUGCUCACUAUGCUGCCUGCGUGUUUGCUGCCCUUCCAGAAAAGGGGUAAAGUGUACCUGUUCAUCGAGUCGGUGUCGCAGCUUUACCGCUGCCUGCUGACCAUCCAGCCCUGGCUCUUCUAUCUCAUGCAGUCGUACGAGGGCUCGGAGAAGAUGGUCGGCAUGUUCCUGGUGUCCAUAUACGUGGUGGCCAAGCUGGUUGAGCUGCUCAUGAGGAUACGGCUCUUCAAGAACGCUACGUGGACCAUGCUGCAGAGUGUGAAUUUCGGCACGAAGCCAACGAGCGAGCAAGUCCUCGCCGCCGGCGAUGCGUGCUCUAUCUGCCACGACGACUUCAAGACUCCGGUGCGGCUGUCCUGCUCGCACAUUUUCUGCGAGCCCUGCAUCUCCGAGUGGUUUGACAGAGAGCACACGUGUCCGCUCUGUCGCGCGUCCGUCGAGGACGGCCAUGCGUGGCGAAACGGUUCCACGACCUUCGACUUCCAGCUGUACUAGUGUGGACGCUCAGCGGAAUAGUGUGGCGAGUUAGGGCUCGGUCGAAUCUUUAGGUUCAAGUUAAGUCUCAACCUUAGCCUUGACGUGAGCCUCUAAGGCUCGACCAAGCCAUCUAAUCCAAUGCAGUGGACUUCAUGGUAUGGACGUUAGUGGCACUUUGGAGUUCUAAAUGAGUUUUAGCGUGAUUCUUGUUUUAGGUUAAGCUUUGGUUAAUUAAGGGGAAUGCCAAGCUGGUGUGACAGUAGGAACGAGAGAAUUCAUGUCGCUACGUCUGCCCCUUAUGCCACGUGGAUGCGGUCGCGUAAUACGUGGCACAUUUAGUUACUUGUAUUUUGCCGCAAUAGCCGACGAUGGCCGUUUAAGAUUGCCUUUUAUGCAUCUCAAUAGGAUUCAUGUUGCAAGUUGUAUUGUAUAAAAUGCUCUUUAUCCUUUCGCACUUACACCACAACAUGGAUUCGUGGAACAUGUUAGGAGUUUUGAUUAAUUUAUAUUAGAGUUCAAAGCCCACUUACACGGAUCUAAGUUCGUCACGCCAGCGAAGAUUGGCCUAAAAGUUAACUAUCUCUGAGUUCAAUCGGGCGUCCAUUAGACAUACAAGUGAAAAUAUUAUUUGAAUAUUGUUUUGUAGAAAGCCUUUUUGUGUCAGUCAGUUCGUUAUUUAAUCUAUGUAUUCUGCUUCAAUAACCUAUUUUGUGAUAAUUUUACAUAGGCUAUCUUCUCUCCUUGGUUACAGAUAUAUAUUGAAGUAUAUUUACCUGUAUAUUAUGUAACAUAUGUUUGUGGCUAAAUGCAAGCGCUAGGUUCGUCAGCGUCCUGACCGGCCUUACCGCAACCGUGAUAUUACAGUGGUCAGUGUAGAUAGCGUUUAAAGUUAUAUUUUCUUACUAUCCUUGUUGUACAUAUAGUAGCGGCGUCGUGUUACAGAUUGAGUGAUAUUACAGAAGAAACGCUAAUCUUUAAAAACUUUUAUUUAGUUUACAUAAGUCACGCGGUGGGGUUAACAUUCCUAUUGAAUGACAAGGAAUAAACUGAUCAUAAUAAUAAUAAUGAUAACUGCCGAUUCAAUAAUAAAUUCGUGGUGUAUCUUCUUUAGUAUUACGUAAUCUAUAGACACAGACAAUAAAGUGGGGUAGAUUUGAACCACGAAUUUAACACCAUUAAGGUAAGUUGAUAAAAAGAAUUACAGAUUGAGAAAUGAUUACGAAACAUGUUUGGCUGUCAAAUCGUAGUUCAGAGUGGACCAACUGCUACAGCCAAUAAAACAAUUAUUAAUUGUAUUGUCUUCCUGCUUAGCUUUUCGGUAGUCAUGCCGUAAAAUCCGGCAAAGUAAGGCAAUACUAAAAGGAAUAUGUGAAUCAUGUUGUCUAUUACAAUAUUUUUUGAACGCGCCUUUAAUAAUUUAUAUUUUUUUCUUUUAUUUUGAAAUGGAUCAGAAAUUAUGGAAAUUAUAUUAAUUAUUGCUUGUUUGUGUUUGUAAUGUUCUUUAUUACAAUUAACGCGUUCACUGUCUGAGAGUGAAGAUUUGUAUAGUGCGCUACGCUGCGGACAGUGAGUAGGCGGGUUCACUCAGAACGAACCGCCCCGCGAGGUAAUCCGCGCAGUGCAGCUGUCUUUGCGUAUUUGUUGUUGUGUCAACACUAUAUCCUGCUGGAUAUGGGAUGUUUUAUUUAUUAGUCUGAGUUUACCAGCCCGCCUUUGGAUUCUUGCUUGCCACAUAUUUAGUUAUGUACUUUGGAAUUGGAAUUAUUGAUUCAUAAGUAUUUCCCACUUUAUGCGGCAGUGUUAAACGUUUUGCAAUUAUUCUUAUAAUUCAUUAAGAUUUAAAUUGAAUAGACGCGAGGUAUUUACGAAUAUUACAAACAAUGGCAAUCCAUUACCAUACGAAUAAAAUUGAGCCUUAUCAACGAGGAAUAAGGUUGACAAAAAAUAUGUUUAUGGCGCUUAGUACACUGGAUCCGUAUAGCAUGUCGCUCCGAUUUUUGAGCGAGACAAGGCUAUGCGCGUAUCAUAGCGAUAUCCCGCUCGCACAUGGGAGUGACGUGCGAAUCAGAUCCAAUGUGAUAACCGCCAUAGUGGUGCUGAUAGACUUUACCUCUUCGCGAUAAGGUUUAAAAAUGGUUAGUUUAGUAGUGUACCUUCGACCUAAACCCGCGUAGACAGUUGAUUCUUUACACUCUCAAAUUCCUAAAAGCCUGGACAGCCAAGGACCCAAGUUAAAUUGACAAUAACAUUACUAGAUCAUGUGUUACUAUGUGUGAUAAACCGUACUCUUUUAUUUUAUAUCCAAUUUUAAAUAGAUCAGUUUUGGUUAUUAACCACCCAUUGUCUUUUGUCUUUCAUAUGUGUAUGUGUACAUCGUAGUAAUUAAUGUUAAGCAGUGCUUUUUUAUCUAUGUUAUUUUGAUAAUUUACUUUAAUAUCACGUCUAUUCUUAAUUUAUUUGAAUAAUUGUCAUACCUUUGAUAUUCGUUGUGGUAACUUGAAAUGUAAUUACAUGUUCAAAAGAAAUUUUCUUGUAGCUUUCACAAAAGAUUAAGUAACGAUUUCUGAUUGAAUUCCUAUGAAAAGUACUGAUUUUGAAGACAAAAAUUAUGAUUUGAAUCGCAUUUACGUUAUGGGUGAUUAUAGUUUUCGGCUCAAUUUUAGUAAUCUAGAUUGUUUUUAGGUUAAUUCCAUGAUUCAAUAAUGCCAAAACAAAUAAUAUUUACAUUAAAUUUCACGUCACAAUAUUACUUUCCCAUUCAAAAUGAACAAUGUCAUAGAUCUGAAAAUCGCAUCAGUUGGUGAUAUACUUUAAAACUUAAAAAUGUAAUAAUACUGUGUAAUAAUGGCAAACCAAAAAAAUACUUUUAAUUUGCCUUUUAUUUUGCAAGUAACAUGGAAUAGUGUUUCACUAGAAUACCUUUAAUUAGGUGUUGAAUACAUAUGUAAACAGGAAGGUACGUCCGUUUAGGGGCAUAAAUGUUAUUACAUUCGGACUAAUUGACCAUGGGCAUUAUGACACUUGGACAUAUAUAUCCACCUAAACGGGUACGUCCAGUGUAUAAGUUUAGAGUUGUAUAAUUCCAUAAAAUUCUUUGCUGGUACAGUCAACCAAUUAGCAUCCUAGGCCACUAUAAAACCUUGUCGCGUUAACUACUAGAUACUUGACACGCAUCACUCAAUAAGCACUGUCGUAGAAGUCAUGGCAUGGUUCUAUAGUGGCCUAGGAAUCAAAUUGGUUGACUGUACAUGUUACCAUCUUUCUACAGUAAAAUACAAAAACUGAUGUUAAUUUACAAUUGAAUUACUGAGGAUACCUACGCAUCGAACUUAUAUGUACUAGGCUACUUGCUAUCGCAUACUUAGCCACAGUUGAAAUUAAUUUUAUUCAAGUUUUAAUGUUCUUGCGUAAACUAUAAAAUGUAUUCUGGCUUUAACGGUUUUUUGCUAUAAAUCAUUACAAAUAAUUUCUACUACCUACCUAUUUAUACGAUCUUCAUUAUUUGUCCGUAUGCUACGGAGACUGCUUACCAUCAGGUGGGCCGUAUGCUUGGUUGCCACCGACUACUAAAAAAAUAGUACCUACUAUAGAGCUUGCGAAUGCUUAGCUAUAUUGCAGUUUCUUUAACUAAAUAAAUUCACCGAUAAUCAGCCGUUUUUAGGGUUCCGUAGUCAACUAGGACUACCGACUUUACUCCGUGAUUGUUAGUGCCAGUAAGCUGCAAUUUGGCAUGGAUAUAUUAACCAAUCAUGCCGAGAAUGUGGUAAAAUAAAAACUACAAAAAAUUUUGGAUACUUCCCCUACACGUAAAGUGGGGAUGUGUUUUUUUUUCGCUUCAACCCUAUGGUAUGGGGUGUUGUUGUAAGACUUGUAAGUCUUUCAAAAGGAAUACAGGUUUUUGACAACCAUUUUUUGAUAAAGUUAAUAUUUUCGGAAAUAAUCGCUCCGAAAUAAAAAAAAACAAAAAAAAAAAUAUGUCCCCCAAUCUAACUUUUAAACCAUGAGUCCAAAAAAUAUGAAAAAAAAAUCCUGAAGGUCAAGCUUAAUAAAACUCAAUGAAAACUAUUGCGAUUAUGAUCGGUUAAGACGUUUCUGAGUAAUCGUAUCAAGACUUCCCUUCUUAGUAAAAAGACCUACAUAGUGCUGUAAAGGUGCAAAGGUACCUAUACUACUAACUCAUAACCGUUCAAGGCAGCCUAUUGUGAUGGACGAGUAUUUACGGAACCCUACACGGAGCAUGGUCCGCCAUGUUCUUAGUCAAUUUUUACAAACGAUUUUGGCCAUAACAUCAAACGAUAUGUAAAAUAUUUCAAUAGGUGUAAGGACAUUGUGAUAAAAAUCAUGAAUCGUGUUAUUUAUUUUAUACCUAAUUAUGAAUCAUUGCUCUAUUAGUAAUAAGUAUAAGCCCUUGCACAAAUCAAGAUUAUUUAUGUUGAUUCUCCAUACGGAAGUACACGUCGCGUCAUCGUCUCGUACUUUCGGUUUAUAGGGAGCGUGCAUGAACUAUAGGAGGCAGCACAGGAGCCGUCAGAUUUUUGGCGCGAGGCGUAAAUGUGAUGUUUAUUGUUCCAAUGUAGCCCACAAGAUGGCAGAACCUAUCAUGCACAACAAAACACGUGACGUGUAAAUUUACAUGUUUAUUGUUCCGAUUCAGGCCACAAGAUGGCAGACCCUCCAACGCGCACGGUCCCUAUAACCAUUUACCUAGUCAGAUUGCCAAACUUUACUUUUGCUCAUAUAAUGUAUUAUCCACAUUUGCGAUAAACUUACUUUACAAAAAAAGCGCUGGAAAUGGAAUCUGUUUGCAUAAUCAGUCAUCUUCUAGAAAUAAACCUAAUUUUCUUCUACCAUACCCCCAGAUGUUGUAAGGCGGCAUUUGAAUAUUGUUACGCGUGCCUGUACAGGUAAAUUACCUCUAGUUUGUCAUUGAUAUUGUUUUACUACUUUAGAUUAUAUAUUACUUUAACGUAAAUAGAAUAAAGACAAUAUUUGAAACACUUCGCCUAAUAGGGAAUAUUACGAAAAACUCUGCGUAGAGGGCGCCACGUCCACAUUCUGAGGGCUUACCAUGAAACACGAAAGUGGAUAUUUCGUUAUCUGCCUCUCCAUCACUCUUGCCUAUUCGAGCGAUAAAGAGGCCAGAUAACGAAAUUUCUAUUUUCACGUUUCGCGGUAGGUCUGUAAAAAAAACCGCUUUGAUGCAUCAAUGUCAUAGUAAAAACACCGAAAAACUGUUUAAGGCUUAAAGUUACUCCAUGGUUUAUGUGAUGUGAUAGUGCUGCUCUCUGGGGGCAGAACAUUGCUGUAAUACUCUCUAUAGUAUGAUGCGUUUAACAUAGACUACUAUAGGGAGCGUGCAUGAACUGAGGAGACAGCACAGGAGCCGUCAGAUUUUUGGCGCGAGGCGUAAAUGUGAUGUUUAUUGUUCCGAUACAGCCCACAAGAUGGCAGACCCUACUAUGCCCAAGAAAACACGUGACGUGUUAAUGUACAUGUUUAUGGUUCCGAUUCAGGCCACAAGAUGGCAGACUCUCUAACGCGCACGGUCUCCCUAUUAUUAGAAAAUGUAAAGUAUAAAAACAAUUCGCAAUCAGAAAAAGGGUAUAGUUUCUAUUUUUCUCCGUGAGCUUCUACGGAUUAUCGUCUUAUCUAUUGUUUAAAAACCGCAAAGGCGCGUGCCACUAUGAAAAAAUGGUCAAGCCGCAUAGGUAGCGUUUAUUGAAUUACUACUCUAUUGAGCACGGAAUAAGAUUCAUUAUGAACUAAUACAGAAUUCUAACAGAAUAGCUGUCUGAUCUCUAUUGGUGCGUCUAAGGUAGGCGACUAAACGCUCUCAAACCAGCUUAACUUGUGACACUGCUAUCCGAAACAAAGAUACGUAUUCGAAGACCUCGCUUGCACUGGUAAUGCGAGCUCACGGCUAGCUAGCGCCAAGGAAGCAAUGUUAUGUUUCUCGAGGAGCAGGUAAAAAACAGGGCCGGAUUUUCACACAAAUAUAUUUGGGUGGUUUUACGUUCUUUAAUUUAAAGAGAUAAAACAUAACACUAUUUAAAUAGUAGGUACACAUCUAACAGAAUGGGUUUGUGAGCAAGCUGGUUUGAGAGCGUUUAGUCGCCUACCUUAGACGCACCAAUGGAGAUCAGACAGCUAUUCUGUUAGAAUUCUGUAUUAGUUCAUAAUGAAUCUUAUUCCGUGCUCAAUAGAGUAGUAAUUCAAUAAACGCUACCUAUGCGGCUUGACCAUUUUUUCACAGUGGCACGCGCCUUUGCGGUUUUUAAACAAUAGAUAAGACGAUAAUCCGUAGAAGCUCACGGAGAAAAAUAGAAACUAUAACCAAGGUGUACUUAUUUAUAACAUGUCAUGAACAUUCCAUUUACCUAUAAGUUAAUUACCUACAAGGUGUUCUAUUGUUGUACCUAUAAUCUAACUUUAUGUACAUAUACAAAUAUGUUGUUACCUAGACUUGAAUUACAGUGCUUUGAGAUAUUUUCGAAGACGGGUUCGUUCCGAAAAUGUUCUUUGAAAUAAAGUAUAAAAGGCAAAGUAUUGUACAGUGGCUGCAAACGUGCAUACCCACUUUAUGAAUUAUUCCUUUCAUAGUAAUGUGCACUUUUGAAGCCCACUGUAAAUCGGAUAAUCAGUCUUUUUUCGUGGUUUUUACCAUUUUCGGAAUGACCCAAAGCACAGUUUAAAGUAGAGGAGUAUUGUGAAUAUGAAUGCCACGUAGAGGACUGCGUCCGAAAGGAGGACACUAUUUUGGAGCGGAAGGUAGUUGACAGGCUACGACAAUGCAAUGUUUACGAAGAUUCAUUAGAUCUUAUAGGUUAUAGGUAUUCGCGGGCUUGGUUUCCGCAACUCGCAACUCCAUUAGAUCUAAUCUUUACUCUGAUCCAUCAGUAUGUCCUGAUGGUAUCUAAUGGAAUCGGCGUCGGAAAAUAUAUUCAAACCUCACGAAAAAUCGAAUGCCAGACAAAAAUCCGAAUACCGCAAAAAUACAUUGCGGUUUAGUAACGAAGUGUGGCAGUGUCACGAACGCAGUCCUCGGCACCAGAUAUUGUGGAGUGUUACGUUACUCGAAACGGACUCUUUGUUACUAAGGAAUAAUGCACGUGGUGCUCGAUAAACUCCUUUUGAGACGAUCCGUAAUAACGAAGCAACGAGUGACUUAAACUGUACCUCUGUAUUAUGAAUUAAUGAGAACCCCUGUAGAUAAAAUAUAUUAAUUAAAAGUUUACCAAAUUGAAAUUUCAA